CACGGCGUACAGCUGCCGCGGCCCGGCCCGCGCGCCCGCCCCGCGAUGGCGAGCAGGCCGUACUGCAAAGUCUGGGCUGCCACGCAAGAUGAUCCUGUCUCGGAGUCGUUCUUGACAGCCUAUAUGGUGGGGCUCUCCGUCGCCGCCCUGGCGCUGAUCAUACGCAUCAAGAGCCUGCGGCCGAAGGAUCUCUCCACGCUCUUGGAGCAGGCCGGGGUUGCCAUCGACAAGGUGGCGAAGACCUCACGGGAGAUCGAGCGGAAGACGUUCCAUCUGGCUGGUCUGCUUGUGCCCUUAAUACACCAGAUGUUGCUCAUGUUCGGCGCCACGCACCGCUUCUGCAUGGGGAUUGUCUGGAGCAUCACGGUGGUGGGCUGGACUUGCGACCUGGCUCGCGUGCACGUGCCCUUCGUGCAGCGGCAUUGGCCCCUCAAGUCCAUCCUGCGGGACAGCGAGAAAGACCAGCUCUCCGGCGGGAGCUACUUCAGCCUCGGGUGCACCCUCGCGGUCGCCGCGCAGCCCAGCCGUUUGGCAAUGACCUCUGUCAUUUUCCUUGUGCUGGGCGACAUGAGCGCGGCGCUGAUAGGGAGGUCUUUCGGAAAGAGCAUAUUCAAAGUGGGCAUAGGGCCCGAGGGGAAGAAGUCGGUCGAGGGCAGCGCGGCCAUGUUUCUCGUGUGCUUCGUCUUCGGCUGCACCAUCUUCAGCCAGGUGCACCUCCGGGAGUACGCGGUGUUCACCGCCGCCCUCGUGGCAACCCUUGCCGAGCUGUACACGCCGUUCGGUCUCAACGAUAACAUGCCAGAUGUUGACGUCUUGGCAGGAAUUGCGCUCACGUUUGGCUUCCAGCGGACCUACUCGUGCGAGCCAAGCCGCAACCCGCUCCACUGGCACUCGCGGUAG